CGUCGCACGGCCCCCGAGUCUCGUCCGCCCCCACGCCGCGCCCCGCCCCGCAGCCAUGGGGAACACCUGCUCUUCGUGCUCGUCCUUCCGCGCCUCCUUCAAGCCCAACGCGCAGGGCGGCGGGCCCACCAAGCUGCAGCGCGGCAACUCACGCCUGCUGCCCAAGCCGCCCACCAGCAAUGAGGUCGACCCCAAGGCGGACCCCUCCGCCGCCAACGCCGCCUCGCCCGCCGACGCCGGAGAGCAUGACGGAAGGCAAGAUAUUCUCGUGGUGAAGUCUUUGGACUUGCACCUGAAAGAGAAUGGCAAAGAGCACCACACAGGAUGGUUCGAGGUGAUGGGCAGAGCGGAGAACCCGAAUCUCGUGGUCCGCCGUGGCUUUGGCUUCCUGCUCUCCAUCACUUUCAACCGUGCCUACGACGCCGCAAAGGACGCCAUCUCUUUCAUCUUCACCGUUGAAGACGCCGAGAAGCCCAGCCACGGACAAGGGACGCUGGUCGCUGUGCCGCUGCUGGACAAGGGCGAGGAGUCGGGCGGCACGUGGAGCGCCGCGCUGCUCGCCAACACAGAGGACGUCAUCCAGGUGCAGAUCACAACUGCAGCUGACACAAUUGUUGGCAAAUGGAAAAUGGAUAUUGAUACCAAGCUCAGAAAUGAUGGAGCAGUCAGUUACAGUCAUAAAGACCCUAUUUAUGUUUUAUUUAAUCCCUGGAGUCAAAAGGAUCAAGUGUUCCUUGAUAACGCUGAUGCUUGCGAUGAAUACGUGCUGGCUGACACUGGUCUCCUGUGGAAAGGAAAUAAAAACAAUUAUUUGCCUUCUGCAUGGAAAUACGCUCAGUAUGAGAAGGACAUCCUUGAGUGUGCUGUUUAUGUAAUGACAAAAGUUGGAAAUAUGAGCAUUGCCAGUCGAUCUGAUGCAGUUGCAACUUGUAGAGCUCUCUCAGCUGCUGUGAAUCAUUCCGAUGACGGCGGAGUCCUGAUCGGCAACUGGAGCACCGACCACAGCGGAGGCACUCCCCCGUGGAAGUGGAUCGGCAGCAUGAAGAUCUUGCAGAAAUAUUACAAGACAAAGAAACCCGUGAAAUAUGGACAGUGCUGGGUAUUCGCAGGUGUACAAACUACAAUAUGCCGAGCGCUUGGAAUUCCAUGCCGCCCAGUGACAAACUACAACUCGGCCCACGACACAGAAGGCAGCCUCACUAUUGAUUACUACUUCGAUGAUCGUGGCAAAGAGAUGGAUGAACUUAAGAGUGAUUCUGUAUGGAAUUUCCACGUGUGGAACGAGGUGUGGAUGGAACGUCCGGACCUGGGCGAAGGCGAUUACGGUGGCUGGCAGGCCAUCGACUCCACGCCGCAGGAGCUCAGCAACAACAUGUACCGCAUGGGCCCCGCGUCCAUCGCCGCCAUCAAGCGAGGCGAGGUGAAGAGGCCUUACGACGGGGGGUUCGUCUUCGCGGAGGUGAACGCCGACAAGGUCUUCUGGCACUACACGGGCCCCAACGCGCCCCUCAAGCUCAUCCGCAAGGACUCGCAAUCAAUUGGCACGCUCAUUAGCACAAAAGCCAUUGGCAAAUGGGAAAGAGAAGACAUCACCUCUAACUACAAGCAUCCUGAAACUUCCGAAGCUGAGCGGACUACAAUGCUAAGAGCACUUCGUGCUAAUGAGAUGGUUUUUAGUAGAUAUUAUCUUAACGAGGAGUUUAACGAUGUGAGAUUUGAUUUUGAAAUGAGAGAUGACAUUACCAUUGGAUCACCAUUUAGUGUUGUGCUCCGGAUAACGAACAGAAGUGAAACCCAGGACUACUCUGUUAGUGGCGUCCUUCGAGUUGAUGUAGUACUUUACACUGGUGUUGUCAAAUGUGCAGUAAAGACAGAAGACUUUGAUUGUUCCGUGAAGGCGAAAUCAGUGGAGACUGUUUCAAUGGAAGUCACAUACAAUGAAUACUCAAAACGACUGGUAGAAAACUGUGCCUUCAACAUAUCUUGUUUGGCUAAAGUGAAAGAUACAGAGUACGAAUAUUUUGCUCAAGAUGAUUUCCGAGUGAAGAAUCCCGAAAUCAAAAUAUCGCUUGAAGGUGAAGCCAUUCAAGGCGAAGAACUCACUGCCGUAGCAACAGUGAAGAACCCUCUUCCGGUGCCCUUGAAGAAACCCAAGUUUACUAUCGAAGGUCCAGGAAUACCUUCUCAGUUGAAAAUUAAACUGAAAGAGAAUGUGGGCGUAAAUGGUGAAUCAUCAGCAACAUUCAAGUUUAUUCCUCCUUAUGAUGGGAAAGCUACCCUUGUGACAAAGUUUAGUUCUUCAGAAAUCAAUGAUGUCGAUGGAUUCUUGAAUUUCAUGAUUGUGAAAAAGAAGGGAGUAAAUGGUGGUGCAUCUUGAACAAUUAAUAAUAUUGUUCAAAAUAUUAACUCACAAUAAUAUGGAAUUGAAAUGAAUAUUACAAUAUUCAAGAAAUUUCAAGGCAAAAAAUACUUGAAAUUAAAACAUGCUACAAUUUUGAAUGGAUACAUGUGAUGGUAUAUUUAUGGAUAUCUAUGUACAAUUUUUUAGUUACAUAAGAAUACAACUUUUUGAGUUUUAAAGUAUUGGUACUAAUUGUUUAGAAAUAUUUAAAGGGAGCAUGAAAUUAUAAAAAAUUCAAGACUGUAAAGUAAUAUACAUGUCUCAUAUUGCCGUUAAGUGUUUAGAUAUUUUGUGAUAUAAGCUAAUUCCAGAAUAUCAAUGGAAUUAGACUAUAAAAACAUUUGUUUCUUUCAGUAUUUGUGAUGCCAGUAAAGUAUACAUAGUUUUCUGUUGAGUGAAUGACAUACCUUUAUACAAAAAAUAGAGGGAAACGACUUACUUGUUAAUUUCUUGAAAUGGUGAAAUAAUGUAUUCAAUAUGAAAAUGAUAAUCUAAUUUUUAAUUAGGUCUACUACUAUUUCUGUUGUUUAUCAUAGUAGGUAAUUGAAUGAUCCCUUUAAUCCCUCAAGUCUUUGAUGCAUAAAAUGAAAAAAAUAAAUAAAUAUUUUGUGGCAAAUUGUGAUGGAAAAUGACAAAUUUUUUUAUGUAUAUUAUACAUACAAAAUUACAACAUAGUAUCCUUAAAUUUUGUGGCUUUAAGUUUUUCAAGUAUUUAGCACAUUACAAAAGUACUUUAGCAGAGAAUCACAUUUUUAAAUUACCAGAUGCACAAAACAUUAAAAUUUGACAUCAAUAUCAAUGUAUUAUCAAUUUAGAUUCUGUUUCAUAAACAACAUUAAAGGACAAUAUAAAUUCUCUGUACAUAAGACUAUGGAUCAGAUGAUUGAGAAUGAUGACUGCAUUCUUCCACUGAGAUUAUAAUUGUAAUGUCCAGGAAGGAUUUUUCAAGUAUAUGUCUUGCUUUGCAAUUAUAUCUUAAUUUGGUUGCUGGAUUAUUUCAUUACUAGUAUCUUCUGUGAGUCGAGACUGAGCAAUUGUGUAAUCUUUCUUCAUGAACUCUUAAUGAAGUUCUGCUUCCAGUUCUUAAAAAUUAAAAUUUUGCUACAAAUGAGUGAUAGAUAUUUUUGUCCUCAUUAAUGCCAUGUGAAUCACCUUUGUCUUGUCACUAAAAAAAGGAAGUAUGAAAUAUAGAAAAUGGAAAUAUGUUUUUUGUGAAGUAAAUAGUUCAAAUAUGAUUGUUGAAUUUGAAUUUGGUUUUGUGUUAUUACAAUUCAAUUAUCUGAAUUUCAUCUUGCUAAUCAUUAAAUUUAAAAUAACACAUGUUAUAUUUUGGUUUAGAUGGCUAUUGUGUGAGUAUGAAGCUAUGUAGUUGAAAAAAAUUAGAUCUAACCAUUUGGAGUGUAUUUUUCAAGAAAACUGAGUCAGUAAUUAAAAAUAAUUGUUCCUAAUGAAAGAAAAUUACAAUUGCAAACAUAAUGUGAAAAUAAUAUUUUAUAUAUUCAUAAUGCCUAAAAAUGCUUAAAUACUCAAAUUGUUAGAAUGCAUAUUGAAUGAAUUUUUAAAUUUCAUCAUUGAAGUGGUGAAUACAUGGUAUUAUUGUGUAGUGUGCUUGUUUGCGUGCAAGAUUAGUGGAUAAUGGCAUUUGAGCAGCUUGAGAUAUCCACUAUGCAAACAAUUAUUAUCCUCUAAAGUCUACACUUUUCUAGAGGACAUUUACUUUUAAAGUAGUACUGUUUACUAUUAAGAAUUUUUAAAUGAGCUGAUAGAAACUUUUUUGCUCAGAGAAAUUUUUAAAAACAUUUAAUGGUUAGUGUUUGUAUUGUUUUAAAUAUUUUUGCAAGUUGUUUUUACUAAGCUGUAAGAAUUGUUGUGUUUGCAUGAUUCUGUGUUGCCUAUACGUUACAGUUUGCAUUUUUAUAAAAAUGUCAGUGGCUUUUAUUGUAUUGACUGGUCAUGGCAUUUUACUAAAUGACUAUAUGUGAUGACUAUAAGUAAAUGCAUUUAUAAAUCUAGCGUAUAGUACUAUUUUAUAUAAAAUCAUUUUAAUGUUUGAUUUGUUUUAACUUAUAUUUGCAUUUGUUUUAAAGUAAUUGUUUAUUGAAGUAUGUAAUUCAUUUUUUAUAUGGAUAGCGCAUAUUCAUUAAACCUAUAUUAACGUCUGUUAUAAUUAAACAUACAAUAAAGUAGUUUUGUUGGAAUUGUAGAGCAUUAGGAAGAGAGGAAAUGCUCUCUCUGUAACAGCUAAAUGUAAUUUGCUCAAAAACUUGUGUACAUAAAUGUAUUUUUUUCAUAAUAAGAAAUGUAAUUGUGUAGCUUAUUUUGAAAUUUCAUUAAAGAGAUGUGCUUUCAUAGACUUCAUUGCACUUUUAUAAUCAAUUUCUCUCUGUCAGUGAAUAUGAACACACUGUUCAAAUUGUGC